CUCCCUGACAACCACUGCCAAAGGACUAGCAGGCGCAGCACAUCCCAUGUUUCCAUUACUCAACGGAGGCCUGCAAGAAGAAAGAGAGAGCAGCGGAAGAGAAGAGGAAUGGGAGAAAAGCUUAAACUUUAGUCCAGGUGUGGUGGCGAUCUGUAGCUCUGUCUGGCAAGCCUGUAGCUCCAGCAGUAUGGCCUCAGUCAGGGAAUAAGAGGGGUGUUGUGGGGCCAGAUUUUGGGUGACCGAAGAGCAUCUUUAUUUCCUGUUUAGUCUAAAGUUAGAAUACUUGAUUGUAUUGAAGUGGAUAAAAGUAAGGAAGUAAGCGGAAGCCGCCCCUUAGCUGAGCUGAAGUUGAACACAGCUCAGGUUGGGUGAAGUUGGACCGGAGUUGUGUUGCUGGCGGGACUCUGCCCGGCCUGAACCGACCUGGCUCGGUGGCGCAGUGCUGGGCGAUGACAGACGGUGGUAACCAAAGAUGUUGAAUCUGGAUGGCUUGGAGAUGAUCGCUGUGCUGGUGGUCAUGGGUCUCUUCAUCAAAGUCCUGGAGCAGUUUGGGAUGUUCGAGCCUGUCGGAGGGGAAGACAGCGUGGAAGAUGAUUUUGAGUUAUCCACUGUGUGUCAUCGCCCUGAAAGCAUGGACAAGCUGCAGGAGCAGACUAAGUUCACCAAGAAAGAGCUGCAAGUCCUAUACAGGGGAUUCAAAAAUGAGUGUCCAUGUGGUGUGGUGAAUGAGGAGAACUUUAAGACCAUUUAUUCCCAGUUCUUUCCACAGGGAGAUUCAAGUAUGUAUGCACAUUUCCUGUUUGAAGCUUUCGACACUAACAAGAACGGCUCUGUUAGUUUCGAGGACUUUGUAUUUGGCUUGUCUAUUAUCCUGAGAGGGACCAUUAAUGACCGGUUAAACUGGGCGUUCAACCUCUAUGACCUGAACAAAGAUGGCUGCAUCACCAAAGAGGAGAUGUUGGACAUCAUGAAGUCCAUUUAUGACAUGAUGGGGAAGUACACAUACCCCUCUAUGCAGGACGAUAUUCCACGAGAACAUGUGGAGAGCUUCUUCCAGAAAAUGGACCGGAAUAAAGACGGUGUGGUCACCAUAGAAGAGUUCAUAGAGUCAUGCAAAAAGGAUGAGAACAUAAUGCAGUCCAUGCAGCUGUUUGACAACGUCAUCUAAGAACCUGGAUCAGAGUCCCUGGCACCAGGGAGGGGGUGUGUGUGUGUGUGUGUGUGUGUGUAUGUGUGUGUGUGUGUGUGUGUGUGUGUGUGUGAGGAAUUAGGAUUAAAAAGAGACAAAGAGAAUGUGUGAGUAUGUGUGGCCAUUUUCUGACUUGCAAGCUUGUGCUUGUGUGUCUGUUCAGAGCUGUGAGUCCUGAGAUCACCAAGAGACUGUCUCCCUCUUCCUGGAACCAAGGGGCAUUUGUCCCAGCAACUAUGGAGUUUCCCUGACUCCCUUCAUCAUGCAGAACCUUAGUUUUACCCUAGAGGCACAGAUUAAGAAGGACAGCAGCGGGAUCACACUGGCACAAGCAAGACCCCACACUGGUUUUGUUUGAAAUGUUAUUUAUUACUAUUACUGAUGGAGGAUCUAUCGCAGCCUGUGCUGGCUGAACUCAGACGGAGCAAGUUGCCUCCAAACCUUGAUUUUUUUUCUGUGGCUGAGAUUUGGAUUUGUGAAUCAUAUCUUGCCUCUGUGCAUGUAGGUAAAGUCUCCCCGGAGCCGCUAGACUCCACCGGCCAUGAAUAUAGAAAUGAAUCCGCCGCCAUCUUGUGGACGAGAGCGAGAAAGACACUUCCUGAGGAAACAACUGAUGAAUUGGAUAUCCAGUUAUUUUUCGUUUUACAGAUGGAGGUUCAAUUGUGUUGUUUUCCACGAGGAACUGAUUACAAUAUCGCAUGAUGAUGUCACUAAUAUCCAAUUAUCUAUUUACAGAGAUACUCCAAAGUCUGCUUGUCUGUCUGCUGUUCUUAGUCAUUCACAGGUGCCUCACCCUUUGUGUACAUGUGUGUGCAUGUGUACCAGAAAGAGAUGUCACCCAUUUUUCUUGUGUGAAGGAACAACACCCACCCCCAUUCAUGGGAUUCUAGUAGAAUAAUUCCAGAGCCUUCCAAACUAUUACAGUCCUAGCUGUAGGUGUCUAUUGACUGUUGUACAUUUUCUAGCAUUCCCGUUGGUGUGAUAUUAGGCAGUACAAUGUGGGGAUUGCACUAUACUCAACAAGAUGUUUUUUAUCAUCCCAGCCUCCUUUGACAAAGGAAAGGCAUAACAGAGUCAUACAAGCCUUUCUUUACAUCAAAGGGGAAUUAUUAGAUUGCAGAUUGUACUUGUGAACCUCUUGUAAUCAGAAUUGUUAUGUGGCUGUAGCAGGUUCUAUCCCUUAAAACAUAUUCAAAACCCCUGUUGCUUUAAUUAGGCUCAUUCAAUUUCAAAGAGGCAUAGUAUGUGUGUGUUUGCUGUUAGUGAGAGACAUGAUUUAAAAACAUAACUUCACCUCAUUCUCUAUUCUCCCCCGUUCUAUAACACCAAAGAAAAAGGAUAAAUUAAAGAGGUUUAUAAAACCACUCUCAACAAAGACAAAUGGCGUCCCAGUGGUAGAAGAGAGAGGUGAAGCACCCAGUUUUAUUUCACUCCUAAGUAUGACAAGGGGCAAGUAGAGAUAAAGGGAUGUCAUUUGGUAAAUUUGCCAUGUGGUUUUCCUGCUCAUUGACCAAAAUCAAGUGUAGUUGAGUGUUGCAGAGUCACACGUUAUUAGAAAGGCUUAUGAAUAAUUUGCAACCACCAGUAAUACUGUCUAUCUAUCAGCGUGUAAGAAAGAGGUCCUCAUGCGUUCAAUUUAUUGGCUAUUUCCUUUAAAUGCAGAGACUGACAUGGAGUAGCAAUAAUGUCCACCCCGUAUCAGCACUUUUCCACCUAUCGAACCUUGCAAUCUUCUCAGACAACAGUUAAUGGGAGCACUAUAGCCCUGAUGACAAUAUGCACUUCCAACCCUGCAAUUUUCUUUGAUUCUGUUCUGCAUUUUUUAUUUUAUUUUUUGUUGACUGGGGUUAAAGUGGUUUGGCUCUGUUCCUUGCCAAUAGUUUUUAAAUGUUUUUCCUGACCACAAGUAAAACCAGUCUAUACCCGCAUGUACUGUGUCUAGAACAAUGAGAACCUACUAACCUGUUGUACUGACUGUCUAGUUAGCUAGCCUCAACCGGUUGCAUAAAGUAUCCAAAAUGUGUAUAUUUUGUACAGAAACAAUAAAAAUCAGUUACUAUGCAAAUUAGAUUUGAGUUUGGAUUUUAUUCAAAUAGGACAGUGCAUUUAUGCUUAUGUUUUGACAUACGGUACAAAGCGCCAAUCAAAAUCUACAUAGGUAACACCUCAUAUCAUAAAUGUCAGGAAUAAAUGGUUCAUAACUUAAAUAUACAAAUGUACACAUAUAAUCCCAACAGCCACAUCUGAUUUAACUAAUAGGCAGUUUAUGACCAGACACAAGGCAACAGGUGAGCAACCACUCAAUAACCAUGUUCAGUCACAAGCAUUCUGUUAAAACUGUGAACUUGAACAAAUACAUAUCCUUCGUGG